CAAAUUUCUGUAAUUUACUAAAUUUCAAGGAGUAAAUAGGGGAAUUUCUGGCAAUAAUAACCAAACUCUAUAGUUUCUUGAAUCUUGUGACUCUAAAUGUCAAAAUAAGGUGUAUCGUUUUGAGCAAAUAUCCAUUGUGAUAAAGAAACUCGUAACCACGAGGAUGGAUUACGGAUAAAAGGUUCUAUUCCGCAUUCAUUUAAAGCCGUACGGUUUUAAUAAAUGGCGUCAUAUUUUACUCGUUAUCGGUCUGUUUUCAAACAUAACCUCAAUUUCUAGUUGUCAAUUCCACAAAGAUACCAUCUAUAUUUUUAUUAUUUUGUAUGUGUUUUUGAGUGAAAACGUGAUUUUUAACAUUUUUAACAAUGCCUCCUCUAAAAGAUAAGUGGGCGAGACGAUUUGUCAUCACCGAAACAGAUCGUCACAAGCUGGGAUUUACCAUUUACAAAGUGACGUCUAUCAUGUUUCUGAAAACGUCGCCAGAGAAUGUAUCAAAAGUAUCAGUUUGGAAGCGAUACAGUGACUUCCGAAAAUUGCACACAGCCCUCAGUACCUUAUACUCGAGUCUUCAAAACAAGGAACCAUUUCCAUCGUUCCCGAAACCAAGAUUCUUCGGUCGAUUCGAGACUGAAGUGAUCGAGGAGAGAAAAGACUGUGCUCUGGGACUCCUGACGUUUAUAGCUAAACAACCAGUUCUCUAUUCAAGCGACGUGUUCAUCCAGUUCUUUGAAAGUAGCCACCUGAGUAGCCACUUGCUCGACUGCUCUCUGUCGACAAGCACCGACACUUCCGAAGACGAUCGAGCUCGCACUGCAGAAAAUCCAGAAAGACUUUACCGACCUUUCCGGAAUUCACAGAGCCUUUCAAAAGGCUUCCGUAAAUUCAUCUGCUCUGAACAAGCAAGGCCCACAGUUUCCAGAAAUCACUUAAAAGACCAAAAUUAUGAGAAGAGAGAAUUCGCAGUCAGUACUGAAAAUGAGAGAAAUCAAAAUAGCAAUAGCAGUCAUGAGAAUAGGUCGAAUGGUGUUAUCUAUGCCCAGGAAGCGAUUAAAGAAGAGAUAACCAUCAUGCAUGAUGGAUCUGACUUGCCCAAGGCAGAUAGUAAUUCUACUCAAUAUAUUUUAAUCGCGGCUGCACACAUGAGUGCUGCUUUUCGACACGAGGCGAUAGCAGAGUACGAAGAAGCCUUUACUCAGUACAAAUUAGGGAUUUCUAAUCUUAUGAAUGGGAUUCAAACUGAUUCUGACGCGGAGAGAAAAGCUACGAUCAAAGACAAGAUCAGGAAGUAUUUGCAGCGGGCAGAGAAAUUGUAUAAUAGGCAUCUGAACUGUAAUAUUUCGGUAUUGAGUAAGCCUAUAAGUGAACUGAAAAAUUAUAAGGUUCUUGGAUUCAUCGAGUCAGGCAUGAUUGUCAAAGAUGCAUGGCGAGGAUUUACUAGGAUAAUAAAGACAAUAGAAUUGCCAGAAGGGAGCAAUUACGAUAUUAGCAAUUAUAUUUUACGAGGAAAAGUACCCUACAUGGUUCAAUUACAUGCUUGCAUUCAAACAGACUCUACUGUUUUUCUCGUGCUGCAAUACAUCAGGAAAGGAAAGUUAUGGGACUUUAUAAAAUCUAACUACAAACCAAAUAAAGAUUCCUACUCGUGUAAAAAAGGACACAGGCGAUCUUUCAGCUGCGGUGCAGUGAUUCAGCCUGACCAUGGAAUAGAGUGCAAUAAUUCCCAUUACUCAAAAGAGAAUCGUAAAAGCGAAAACUUGGAAACUGAUAGAGAAAAUGAAAAAUCCAAAAAUGAAAUUAGUUUCGAAAUAAACAUUUCAGUUAAUUCUGGGAUUUUAGAUAAACCGGAACUAGCUUCAGAUUCUAGUCACAAUGACAUUCAUACCACAGAAUUGGUAGAAAAUGCACAAAAGCUACUUCAGUCUAUUAACGCGACCUUAAAAAAGAGUAAUUCCAUCGCUACCAGAUUAAAUGAAUCUCAGCGGCUGCUUUACCAUUCAGAAAAUGCUAUAACAGACCUGAAUAUCUCCAGUUCACCCAAGAUUUAUGAUUUGCCAAAAUUAGUACAACAGUCUGAACAACAUGAUUGCGAGUUAGAAGAUUUAGAAAUAAAAGAACAGUUAGAUUUAUCGAGAAUAAAGUCCCCAAAUCCAUCAGACCUAGAAACUUUUAAAUUUUAUCUGUCUACGAUGGCAGGCGACGAAAAUUUCAAACGUGAAUACGAAGGCGUUGCACAGAUUUAUGUAAAUAUGAGGGACAAGUUGGCGAUCGAACAAUCAAUUUUUGGCAAUAAAUUAGAAACUAGGGCUGAAGUAGAAUGUGUGGAAAGUAAACAAGAAGCUUUGUGGAAGGUUCCAGAGGAUGUUCUUCAAUUAUGGGCUGCGCAAAUUUUAGUGGCGUUGGAAUCGCUUCACCAACAAGACGCGAUAGUGGCGGAUUUGAGGCCUGACAAUAUUUUAAUUAAUGACGAUGGGAGUGCAGUCAUGACUUACAUUGCCCGCCGACGUGACUUGGAUUUACUGAGAUUCAAAGAACCUUAUUCUUCACCUGAAUUGUGCUGUUUUGCACCUCCAGUCACGACAACGACGUCUGUCGACAUCUGGAGCUUCGGGAUUUUGCUUUAUGAACUCUUCACGGGAUUUAAAUUCGAAUCAAAACAUUCUGGAGGAUUUCAUUCACAUUCCACGAUCAACAUUUCCGAUGAAAUGUCAGAAGACGCAAAAUCACUUUUACACAGUAUUCUUAAAUAUCAACCAAAUGAGCGUUUGACUAUUCCAGAGAUAAAGCGACACCGUUUCUUCGCAAAAGUUGACUGGCUGAAACUUUUAAAUUCUUGAAUUCCAUGUGAAGGUAUUCUUUUACAAGAUAUAAAACAUAAGUGGUUUUUGUUUCGUAUAUUCGUAUAUUGAAACAAUUGUAUUUUUACUGCUGUUUUUGAGCAGGUAGAUAAGUUUUAUUUAUUUUACAUUCCUUUGUUAUUGUUCUUCGAGUUUUUGUUUUAUAGUAUUGUAAAUUGUAAAAAUUAUAUAGGUCAAAUAAAAUGAUUAUGUAUAGUCUGAAAGAA